GAAGUCAGAGAGGGUCUGUGUGGAGAAGGCAGCAGGUUCAGGAGGCCAGGCUAGGUUGAAAGGACAGGAUCUGAGAAGCAGAGCUAGCUGGGGGGAGGGAGACAGGGGGCUGACAGGCCUUGUGUCAGAGUGCAGUAUGAGGCUUGGGGCUGUGGCUUUGGCGGCAGGACUAUUUGGGGGGCUGGGGACGUUGUGCUUCCUGCUGGCUUUCGGGACGGAUUAUUGGUUGCUGGCCAGUGAUGGCUGUGGAGGCUAUGGACCAGUGGUUCUGGAGGUAGAACCUGGCAAGAACCAGACCACCAACACCACAGUGGAGGUGGUUCCGUCUCUCACGCUGCACCACGAGGGCUUCUUCUGGAGGUGCACGUUCCAGGCCCAGCCCUCCAUGCACGCUGUCUGGGCUGUACUCUUCACUAACCAACCAGAGACCAAGGUGUGUAUCCAUGGUUACCUCUUUCCCUUUCCCGUUGCCGUGGGACCUGUGCCCCACCCCAUCUACGACGCCACGGCAGUGUUCCGAGGGUUCUGGACCCUGCUGAUCGUCCUGGGGGUGGCGUGUGCCCUGGUGGGGGGGUUCCUGCUGCUGUGUGCUGUCCCUUUCCUCAGUCCCAAACUGUACCGGCUGGGUGGAGAGUUCCUCAUCUCCGCUGCAUGUCUGUUCCUGACCCUGCUGGUGCUGUAUGUCCUUUGGGCAGAGCUGGUGGAUGUUCAGAGGUAUGUCCUCCAGGAGAGGGGGGAGACCUGCCACAAUGCCCAGGUCUCAGUGCUCUACGGCUGGUCCUUCAUGCUGGCUGGAGCUGGGGUCCCUCUGGAGCUCCUGGCUGGAUUGCUCUUCCUGCUCAUAGGCAGACAUCUGCAGGCUAGCCAGUAGAGAGAAGAGGAGAUAAGGGGAGAGGAGAUGAGGGGAGAAGAAAGGAGAUGAGCAGAGAGAGGAGAGGACUACUCAGUGCCAUGUGAAUGUGUCAUAUUGUGUUUUCUCAAUACUGACCGGGGGAAAUAUCACCAACAUCACUAUCUCCUGGACAUAAGGAGUUUGGAAACAUUCAGAUAGUUGUUAGCAUUUCUGCACUACACUGAGCACAUAUUCUACUGAAGUUGUUGCAGGAAACCAUCACCAUUAUAUUUCAUUUCAUUUUACUCAUGAAUUAUCAAUGAAAGAUAAUACUGUAUAUUCCAUGCCACUCUAACCAAACAAAGUAUUUGACUGUGGAGCAAAUAUUGUUUAAACUCAUUCUGUAUAACAUUAUUGAUCAAAAACC